AUGUCGUCGGCCUCUCCUUCGAAUCCCAAGGAACCUGAGGUGGAACCAGGAACACAGUCAGGCGACGACCCGGAGCACAUGGAAAGAGAACAUCAGGACGCGCAGCCACAAACCCAGGGUGAAUUCGAGGUGAAAGAGCAGGAUCGAUGGCUGCCGAUUGCAAAUGUUGCCCGUAUUAUGAAAACUGCACUCCCAGAGAAUGCCAAGAUUGCAAAAGAGGCAAAGGAGUGCAUGCAGGAGUGUGUGAGCGAGUUCAUAUCUUUCAUCACCAGCGAAGCCUCGGAGAAAUGUCAGGGAGAAAAGCGCAAGACCGUCAAUGGCGAGGAUAUCCUCUUUGCCAUGACGUCCCUUGGCUUCGAGAACUACGCAGAAGCCCUGAAAAUCUACUUGUCCAAAUAUCGCGAAACCCAAUCCUCAAGGGCGGAGAACCAAAACCGGCCCUCGAGCAGCGAAUAUCCUCAGGGUGGACCCGUCGGUGGCGCUGGCCCCGCAGGCACCGGUGCCCUUGGUGGGCCAACCGCGUCCGCAUCCGGCUACGCAGUUCCACCAGAGAACAACCUUCUGAAUGCGAAUCUGGAUCCGAGCGAUCAAGAAAACGCGACAUACGCAUAUCCGUCGAUGGUAGGCGCGACGCACAAUGGUGCCGGUGGCGAGACCUACUAG